AUUCGAAACCCAAACAGUAGGUUAGGUUAGGUUUGUAAAUUGGGAAUGGAGGAGGAGGAAGAGGGCUUAUCGGCGUCGGAGGGCUUAUCGGCGUCGGAGAUUGAGUACGUGAGCUAUGGAGGGGAGCAUCACCUGCCGCUGAUUAUGAAUCUGGUGGAUCAGGAGCUGAGCGAACCCUAUUCCAUCUUCACCUACAGAUAUUUCGUCUAUCUCUGGCCACAUCUCUCUUUCCUCGCAUUCCAUAAAGGGAAAUGCGUGGGGACGGUGGUGUGCAAGAUGGGAGAUCAUCGCCAUACUUUCAGAGGAUACAUCGCCAUGCUCGUUGUUCUCAACCCUUACAGAGGCAGAGGCAUUGCAACUGAACUUGUUACUAGGUCAAUUAAAGUGAUGAUGGAAUCAGGUUGUGAGGAGGUAACACUGGAAGCAGAAGUUACAAAUAAAGGAGCACUUGCACUAUACGGUCGUCUGGGGUUUAUUAGGGCAAAGAGGCUUUUUAGAUACUACUUGAAUGGGGUAGAUGCUUUCCGGCUCAAGUUAUUGUUUCCUCGGCCAGAACCGAGCUACUAUGAUGAUUACGGGGUUGAGGCACAGGGUAUUAUUGGUGAGAUGUGAAUUGCGACCCGGCCCCCUGAAGAUAUUUUUUCUGUUUCUGUUGUAAAACAUCAUACUGUAGAUGUGGACUCUAGUGAUUUAUUAUUCAUGUAAACUUUUAUUUUAGUUAGUGUUCUCGAAUUAUACUAAAAAUAACACCAUCACAUGCAA